AUGAACCGGCUUGUCUCCCGCCUGCAAACUGCCUCAACACGCCGAUUGACGAGAAAUGGCGCGUUUCCUCUACUCCGCCAUAAUAUCCCUCCAAGAUACUUCUCGACUGAGACAAAACACACACCGGUGAAGGAAAACAUCUACACACUCCCCAACCUCCUCACCCUGUCACGAAUUGCCGCAUGCCCUGUCCUCGGCUGGUCUGUACUCAAUGGAGAGUUCCAUAUAGCGACCUCACUGUUAGUCUAUGCCGGUCUCACAGAUCUGGCUGACGGCUGGUUGGCGCGUCGAUACAAAACGCAGACAGUGCUUGGUACAAUAUUGGACCCCGCUGCAGACAAAGCCCUGGUCACAACGUUGGCCGUCACUUUGACGAUGAAAGGAAUGCUGCCGCGUAUGAUUUGUCUUCUCGCUCCCAUUCAAAUAUUCAAGCAAUGGGCAGUUCCGUUAACCGUUAUAAUACUCGGACGCGACGUUCUUCUCAGUCUCUCCGCGUUUUACAUUCGGUACACGUCUCUUGCACCCCCGAAAACAUUCGCACGUUAUUGGGACUUCUCUUUACCAUCUGCCGAGGUCCGACCUACUUUCAUUAGCAAGGUCAACACUGCACUUCAGCUUUUCCUUAUGGGUACAACCACAAUUAGCCCCCUCGUACCGCUGGAUGUGUCCAUGUGUCUUCAGGCAUUGCAAAUGACCGUUGGCGUCACUACUAUCUGGAGUGGACUUUCCUACGUAUUUUCAAAGGACGCAGUGCGAUUAGUCACCAAUCGAAGGCCCAAACCACCUAUCUGA